AUGAGCAAGAGUGAAGUUGACGAAACAGAGGUGAAGCAGGAACUCGUGGAUUAUGUUAUUGUUGCAGAAACAGAUGAUGGUGAGCAAAUUGAGCUACCAACAUUGCCAGAGGAUGGAUCACUUGGGUUCAGUACACUUACCCAUGCUUUCCCUGGUGCUCAUGGUUUGAAAUACAAAACUGCUAAUGGAGUUAGCCGGGCUUUAUUAAUAGAUCCAUCUGGAACUCGUUUUUUUCCUCCUGCUGAUGGUUGGAAAGGAAAAACAUUUUUUGUUAUAUAUAGUCAGAGUCGUGGACCAGGUGAUCAAAAUACGAAGCGCAAGAAGAUGAUGGAUGAGAGUGAUGAUGGUAGCAGUGCGGACGAUAUACAAGGGGGUGCGAAGCAAAAGCGGCUGGAAGAACCUCCUGAGAAGACAAGUACAGAUCUGAUCGUUCUUGGAAUUCCAUUCAAAACAACCAGCGAGACAGCCAGAGCAUACUUCGAAACUUUUGGUGAAGUCGUCAUGUUUGAUUUAAAAACGGAUGUGGCUGGAAAUUCUAAAGGAUUUGGUUUUGUAAGAAUGAAGGAUUAUGAUGCACAGUUAAGAGUGCUAGCGAAACCAAUACACGAAAUCGACGGUCGCCGCUGUCAAGUUAGAAUUCCUUUAUCUAAGGGUGAAGCGAAUUUUCCUUUGGUAGCACGAAUAUUUGUCGGAAGAGUCCCAGAAAAAAUGACUACAGAAGAUCUCAAAAGCUUUUUCAACAAUGAGGCUGCUAAAAUCGAUCCAUCAGCAACGGUAAAGUUGGUUACAGAUGUGUUCAUUCCUCGCCCUUUUCGUUCUUUUGCGUUCGUGAAUUUCUCUAGCGGAGUUGUGGCUAAAGAAAUAAUCAGAGGAGGUGAUUAUAUAAUUAAUGGUUCAUCUGUCGCUGUUAGCGCUGCUGCUCCUAGAGAACCUGAUUAUUCUCCCAGAGUACCGCAGAAAAUAAUGUAUGGGCGGAAUCGGUCUAAUGCUUCAUUUUCUCGUAAACAUCAUGCACCGUUUGAGACAUUUCCGCCUGAUUCGCAGAGUAUGUAUUAUGACAACUUCGAUGCAUCAGACAACUGGAGAGUUGGUGCAUACAGAGGCUCGGAUAAUCGAGGAUCUAACAGAUUUUCUCCAGGAUAUUCUAGCACAUCUCGUUAUGGCUCAAAUGCACGCAGUGGCACAAGUCAGGCACUUGCUUCUGGCCUUGAUGCACUCAAUUUAAAUAAAAUGAACGUCAACCCAGAAGUGAUGGAUGCUGCAUGGCAGGCUUUUUGGAGUACUUUGAAUAAUAAUGGUGGUGGAUCAUCUAGUUCAAAUCCAUCCAGUAAGUGGUGA